CGUAGCGACUGCCCGUACGGCAUUCAUAGGAACAAUUUUGACAGAUUGUUUGUCACUUUUACAUCAUUUAACCAGUAACAGCUUGUACAAUUAUUAAAUUAGUUUUUUAAUAGCGUAUACUUAUGUUACAAUUCGAUAGAGGAGAUAAUCGUAGGUAAAAUGAGCGACAGACACGAUUCCAUUGUGACGUUCGUGAAGGAAGUGGAGAAACAUCCGUGCAUAUACAAUCAAACAUUGCCUGAGUACUCGAACCGAACAGAAACAAAACGCGCUUGGGAAGAGAUAGCGAAAAAUUUGCAAUGUAAAGAAAGCGACUGCAGAGAAAAAUGGCGGAAGAUCCGGAUUGCGUUCACGAGGUCUCUAAAACAGAUGAAAUCCGGGGCUACUGGGAUAAGACCGUACUAUCUAUACGACCAUCUCACCUUCAUCCUGCCUUUUUGCAAAACCAUCGACGAACAGAUCACCCAACCCGUUUCUCCGGAAGAGUCCGAAGAAGAACACGAAGAUGUCAUAUAUCUAAAGACAGACUUAGAGGAUUAUUCAGAUAAUUUACACAAUUCUGAAACUAGCGAUACGCCAAUGAAGACAGUGAGACGCCACGAGAAAUACAUCUGCGAGGAUGACCAUAAGGGGAUACUAAAAAGAAGAAGAACAGAACAUUUAGAAGAUAAUCCGAGGAAAAUGUUUCUGUUAAGCAUCUUGCCUGAUAUAGAAGCGUUUACAGACGAAGAAAUGAGGGUCUUCAGAAGGAAGAUUGUGACCUGUAUCGAUACUAUUAUGGAAGACCGUGUCAAGCAGGAGUGUCCGCCGUAUCCGUUUUAAGAAAAUGAUGGGAAAAUAGAUCUCACAGAUAGACAGACUUUUAAGGAAACAAUUCACCGAAUUGCCAAGGCCACGUUGCCAGUGUUGAGUAAAUGUUUUCCUCUAGUUAUUAAAUAACUGAUAAUGUAUACCCUCAUUGAUUUAAAAGAUGUGUAGCUGUUUUAGUUUCUUGUCAUUUCUUCUCAACCAUAACAUCUUGUGAAAUGACGUAAAUUCAAAAAUAUUUCGUUGACAUUCAACAAGUUUAUCCAUGAUUACGUUGAAUAAAUGAUUCUGAUUUGUGAUGGGCACCAA